GUGGAAUGGGCUGAUCUGGUUUGGAAUAUAUUCUCCAUACCUAAAUAUCAGUUUAUAGCAUGGCUAAUCUGGAAAGGCAGAAUACUAACAAAGGACAUGCUCAGUAGGUCCUUACCAAUUGAUACUAUAUGUAUCCUAUGCAACAAGACGAAUGAGACUGCUGAUCAUUUCUUCUACAACUGUCCAUUUGCAAAGAGUAUUUACCAGCAUAUGUUUAUGACUAUCCAAAAUUCUAAGCUUCACAACAAGGAGAUGACUGUGGUGGACACACUGAAGACUAUUAAAGAACACAUCAACAUUAUAAUGGUUGUGGUGGUCCAAACGGUUGAGGUCCAAAAGGGAAUGUAGGAAGGUCAUAAGUCGCCUUCUCCGUCACCUCAAAUUGGUCAGGUUGUUGGGAUAUUAUGGGCGUACAAGUGAACUAGAACUCGUCAGGUAUUUUUUGGAAAGUGCUGUUGCGCUUGAGAAAAUCAUUGCUGAUCCUUGGAAUAAAAUUGAUCUUCCUGU